GUACACAAGAAACUUUUUUUCUCUCGCUCUCUGGAGUGUGCAGAUCUUCUUCUUCCGAUACAUUGUUGAAGCAAAAGGAAAAGAAGAAGGAGAAGAAGAAGAGGAGGAAGGAGAAGAAACUCUUCCAGACUGAAAAGUGUCCAUCAGUUCGUCAGCAUGAAGCUUUAGGAUCUCCAGCGGGACGACGCGGCACACGGAUUUAUAAAAACCCUAAAAUAAUCCCAGAUAAAAAGCAAAAGCUGGAUGUGGUUGUGGAUCGGGAGCAGACUGCGGCCAGAGAUGUAGCGUGUGUGUUGGUGUGAUCGGCGGACCAUCAUGCACCUCUUCCUGCUGCUGAUCCUCCACGCUGCAGCAGCCUUCGGACAGAUCGACCCCGCACACUGUCGCUAUGCCUUGGGCAUGGAGGAUGGCCGGAUCAAAGACGAUGACAUCACAGCCUCCAGCCAAUGGUACGAGACGACGGGCCCGCAGUACGCCAGGUUGAACAGGGAGGAGGGCGACGGGGCCUGGUGUCCUCAGGGCCAGCUGGAGCCGUCAGACAGUCAGUACCUGCAGGUGGACCUGGGCCGGCUCACCUUCCUGACGGUGGUCGGGACUCAGGGUCGCUACGCCCGGAGCUCCGGGAACGAGUUCGCCCGGGCGUACCGCCUCAACUACAGCCGGGACGGACUGCUGUGGAAGUCCUGGAGGAACCGGCUGGGGAACAAGGUGGUCGAGGCCAACAGCAACGCCUACGCCUCCGUCAUCAAAGACCUGCACCCGCCAAUCAUCACCCGCUACGUCCGCCUCAUCCCCGUCACCAUGCUGUCCACCACGGUCUGCAUGAGGGUGGAGCUGUACGGCUGCCCGUGGGAGGACGGUCUGAUAUCGUACAGCGCUCCAGAGGGUCAGCCCAUGAUGCCUCCAGGUUAUCCCAUCGCCAGCCUCAACGACUCCACGUACGAUGGAGCCCACGAGAGGAGGAGGCUGUCGGGGGGGCUGGGCCAGCUGACGGACGGCGUGAUUGGCCAGGACGACUUCCUGAAGACGCGGCAGCACCACGUGUGGCCGGGCUACGACUACCUGGGCUGGAGGAACGACUCGCUGGCCACGCUCAAAUACGUGGAGAUGGAGUUUGUGUUCGACAGGCAGAGGAACUUCACCUCCAUGAAGGUGCACAGUAACAACAUGUUCUCCCGCGGCGUCAAGAUCUUCUCCUCGGUCACGUGUUGGUUUAAGCCCCGCCUCAUCGCGGGCUGGGAGGCGGAGCCUGUGGACUUCAGGACGGUGCUGGACGACAGGAACCCGAGCGCUCGCUACGUCACCGUGCCGCUGCAGCGCCGCGCCGCCAAGGCCGUCCGCUGCCGCUUCUACUUCGCCGACGUCUGGAUGAUGUUCAGCGAGGUGUCCUUUCAGUCAGAGGACACCGUACUCCCCACCCAGAUAACGACGGCGGCGACCUCACCCUGGUCCAACAGGCAGAGCACCUCAGCAGCCAUGCCCACGACCGCCAGCCCGUCGGCCAGUGACCAAUCAGAUGACGGGAACACGCCCGUUCUGAUUGGCUGCCUGGUGACCAUCAUCCUGCUGCUGGUCAUCAUCAUCUUCCUCAUCCUGUGGUGUCAGUACGUCUGCAAGGUGCUGGAGAAGGCUCCUCGUCGUAUCCUAGAGGAGGAGGUGACGGUUCGUCUGUCGUCCUGCAGCGACACCAUCAUCCUCCAGACGCCCCCGGUGCCCCCCCGCACAGGCCCCGCCCCCACAGCUCACACUGACCCUCACUAUGAGCGAGUCUUCCUGUUGGACCCUCAGUACCAGAACCCAGCGGUCCUGAGGAACAAGCUGCCCGAGCUGUCGCAGAGCGCCGAGGCCUCAGCGUGCGGCGGAGGCUACGCCGAGCCCGACGUCACCCAGUGCACGCCGCACCAGUGUUUCCAUAGCAACGCGCCGCACUACGCGGAGACGGACAUCGUGCGGCUGCAGGGCGUGACGGGCAGCAACAUGUACGCCGUGCCCGCGCUCACCGUCGACUCGCUCACCAGGAAGGACAUCUCCGCCGCCGAGUUUCCACGGCAACGCCUGGUCUUCAGGGAGAAGCUGGGGGAGGGGCAGUUCGGAGAGGUGCACCUGUGUGAGGCGGAGGGACUCCCAGAAUUCCUUGGGGAGGGCUCGCCGCUGCCUGACCGAGACGGCAGGCCGGUGCUGGUGGCCGUCAAACAGCUGAGGGCCGACGCCACCAGCCAAGCCAGGAACGACUUCCUGAAGGAGAUCAAGAUCAUGUCGCGGCUCAACGACCCCAACAUCAUCCAGCUGCUGUGUGUGUGUGUGUCGUCGGACCCCCUGUGCAUGGUGACCGAGUACAUGGAGAACGGAGACCUGAACAUGUUCCUGUCGCAGCGCGAGAUCGAGAGCACGCUGACGCACGCCAACAACAUCCCCUCCGUCAGUCUGUCCGACCUGCUCCACAUGUCGGUGCAGAUCUCGUCGGGGAUGAAGUACCUGGCGUCCCUGAACUUCGUGCAUCGUGACCUGGCGACCCGGAACUGCCUGCUGGACCGCCGCCUCACCAUCAAGAUCGCCGACUUCGGCAUGAGCCGCAACCUGUACAGCAGCGACUACUACCGCAUCCAGGGCCGCGCCGUGCUGCCCAUCCGCUGGAUGGCCUGGGAGAGCAUCCUGCUGGGGAAGUUCACCACGGCGAGCGACGUGUGGGCGUUCGGCGUCACCCUGUGGGAGAUCUUCACCCUGUGCAAGGAGCAGCCGUACAGCCUGCUGUCUGACGAACAGGUCAUAGAGAACACUGGCGAGUUCUUCAGGAACCAGGGCAGACAGAUCUUCCUGUACGCCCCCCCGCUCUGCCCUCCCUCCCUUUUCGAGCUGAUGAUGCGCUGCUGGGGCCGCGACAUCGCCGACCGCCCCACCUUCGAGGGCUUGUACCAGGCCCUGCGGCCCCACGUCAGCCCCUGAGCCGGGGGCCGCCGGGGGGCCGCCGGGGGGCCACCGGGGGGCCACCGGGAGACACGGCCGGUCAGCCUCUGGACUCCUGUGAGACGGCAGACUGAGCGUUGGGUGGACAGCGGGUCGCUCUGGAGGAGGACGGGGACGGCGAGGGGAGCGAGGGUCGCCUGGUUCCGGUGUUUUCUGGGAGGCGAGAUGCAGAAGGAAGAGGCAGGACAGGCCGGAGGAACUUUGUUUGUGGGACAUCCCAGACGUUCAGUCGUACACAGCGAGCCUCCCCACCUCGUCCGCCGGUCUGCGUCGGAGCCGUGGUUUCCUCUGGACUCAGACUUCUCGGUGUGUUCAUGACUUCUCUUCUCUUCACUUCCUGGCCGUGCGGUUUCCUUUCCUCCGGCUCGGCCGCGAGGACGUCGCCAACUGGACAGACGCGUCUGCAUCUCCUGUCCCUGUGGUUUUUAGUAUGAUUAUUAUUAUUAUUAUUAUUAUUAUUCUAAUUGUUAUUAUUAUUAUUAUUGUUAUUGUAAAGCACUGUUUGUCUGUGUCUGUGUUUCAGUUAUUCAUGUUCAUAUAUUAACCCACACUGGAGCUAGGGCUAGGGUCA